AUGUCGGACUCAAUAUUCUUCUCCGGUCGAAUCGAAGAGGCGAUCCAAGCUACCGUUGCGAACCAGAAGCCGUUAGCAUGCUUUGUUACCGAUGAAACCGAUGAUAGUAACCUCUGGGAGAACGAUUAUCUGUCGGAAGAUAGUGUAUCAACAUCCCUUAAAACUUCAGCAAUCACUGUCCGACUGCUCAAAGACUCGACUGAGGCGGUUUACCUAAAUGCCUUUUGCUCUAUAACAACAUAUCCAACCCUCUUGAUCAUAAAAAAUGGAGGUGCCGGUGUCGACGGUCUCACUGUCAUUACCAAUCCGAUAUCGAAGGAGGAAUUUACUGCCAAAAUAUCGUCGACAUUCAGCAAUCUCAGUGCCCCUGCAAGCCUCCUAGAUGGUGUAAACAGCAGUCCUAGUUUCCCUGUUGCGACUCCUGCUGAUACUACUACCACCGAGACUACUACAACCACUCAAACCACUACUACAACAUCACCACCUCCACAGGAAUCUACAUCUACAUCUACACCUACACCUACGCCUUCAACCUCAGCUUCGACUCCAGCUUCAACUUCAAACUCCCUCCCAGCAAAUACCCAAUUCCCACCAGAAUCCGACACCGGCCGUCGCCUCGCCUCCAUCCAAGCCCAACACCGUGAACGGAUCGCCCGUCUAAAAUCCCAACGUGAAGCCGCCGAAAUCGAAGCUCAAAAGAAACGAGAACUCGCCCGUCGCGAGGAUACACAGGCCAUGGCAACAGCAGCCGAGGUCCAAAAGACAAGGAGCAACAAACAAUACGCUGAUGAACAGAAGAAGAAGAAAAUAGAAGCUGAGAAGGAGAGAAGGAGGGUUUUGGAACAGAUUAAGGCGGAUAGAGAGGAGAUGAGGAUUAGAGAGGCGAAUAGGAAGGCUAUAGCUGCCGAGGCUGAGGCUGCUGAGAUCGCUGGUAGUAGUUUUGGCAGUUCAACUCGGACUGUGUCUGUCGAUGGAGAGGGGAAAGGAAAGGGCAAAGAGGUCGUGAGAGGUGGAGAGUGUAAUCUGGCGUUUAGGUUAUUCGAUGGAAGCCGGAUAUCGCACAAAUUCCCAGUUGAAGCAACAGUAGAAGGGGACGUAAGACCUUGGCUAGAUAAUAACCGUACAGACAGUAACCAUCCCUACAAACUCAUCGUCCAAUCUUCCAGCAUGUCAUCCAAAAAUAUAGAAGGCACCUCUUCCUCCCUCUCAGAACUCGGUCUCUACCCUUCCGCCAUUUUAAUCCUAAAACCCGUUGCAUCUUCAAAAGUCUCAUCAGCAUUUGCACCAGCAAGACGAUCCGCGACUGGUGUGAAUAACCAGCAAAACUUCUUGAUUGCAUUUUUACUCAGCAUCUGGCUUAUGAUCAAGACCUUCCUUGGGCUACACAACCCAGCUUCCAACGUCGUCGUCGGCGAAAAGAAAGGUAGAAAAAAGGAAAAGAGCGGAAGUAACGGUGGAAGCGAAGAAGAUGAGGGGGUUACCGCCGCUAGUUCGGCGUCUGUUAGUACACCUGUUGUCUCGAGGGAUGUGGCUAAGAAGAGGAUAAGGACUUUGCAUGAUGGGGAUGGGGAUAAGAGGAGUGCGUAUUAUAAUGGGAAUCAGCUCGAUUUUGAACCGAAGAAGAAGAAGGAGACCGAGGAAGAAUGA